GUGAAGUAGUGAUUUUCCUCCUUCUAGCCUCGUUGAUUCAUGUUAACCGUUUUAUUAAUAAAAACUAAAACUAGAUUUGUGUAAAAAUUGAUUUUUUAUUGCGUACUUUCAUUCAAAUAUUUUCAUUGCAAUACUUAGUAGAAAUCUGUAAUACUGUUCUGUUAGUAGAAACUGAAUAUAAAUCUUAUUUUGUCUUCACCAUGUCAACUAUUUCUAAACUUGAAAUCCGAGGCAUCCGAAGUUUUGGGGUUGAAAGCGGCGAUGUUCAAAAAAUCAAAUUCCAAUCCCCGCUAACGCUUAUUGUUGGCCAAAACGGUUGUGGUAAAACGACGAUUAUCGAGUGUUUAAAAUAUGGCCUGACCGGUGAAGUUCCACCCGGAACCGACCGGGGUAAAGCGUUCGUUCACGAUCCGAAGAUAUUCAGCGCCGUCGAAAGCAUGGGCCAGGUCAAGCUAAUGGUCUCCGAUUUUACCGGCAAUCGCGUAACGGCCACACGUUCGAUGAAGGUCUCCCAAAAAGGAAAAGGCCAGCAGCCAAAGUUCGAAACCAUGGAUUCGGUUGUUACAAUGGAAAAUGUAUCCACCGGCGAGAAGACGACACUGUCGCGACCUCGAAUGGCAGACAUCAACAACGACAUGUCUGAUGCGAUGGGGGUGUCCAAAGCUAUAAUCAACAAUGUGAUAUUCUGUCACCAGGAGGACUCGAAUUGGCCCCUGGAGGAGCCGAAAGAGCUGAAGAAAAAAUUCGACGCCAUCUUCGGCACGACCGAGUACAACCGAGUGAUCGAAAAGCUCAUAAAGAUAUCCAAGGAAUACAAUGAUCGUCAGAAGGAAAAAACAGGGGACUUGAAGUUGCUGGAGAAUAUCAAGAGUCAAGCCGAAGUAAAGCAGCUUCAGCUUCGUAAAGUGGACUCCAACCGGGAAGAUAAACAAGCAGUGGUGGCUAGUUUGGAAGGUUCUCUAAAGCCUAUUCAUGAUCGUUUGGAGCAGAUCGCAAAGAUUGAAAGAGAUUAUUCCAAGUUGAAACAACAAGAAGUUGAAUUCAAAUCAAAAAUCAACACUAAGGAGGACCAGCAAAAUCAGAUACAGUCCAAGAUUCAAAAGCUAUUCAAAGGAUCGCUUCAAGAGUUGGAAAUUGAAAUCCGUAGUUUCAAACAGUCUAAGAGUUCUAAGCUGUCCGAACUUCGUGAUGCUGAAUCGAAUUUAGGCUCUAGCAAAGCUCAAGAGAAAGUCCUCCAGUCGAAAAAUCAAGAUUUGGAAUCGCGUCGGAUUCAGCUUAUCACAAAACGACAGCAAGAACAAGACUUAUGUGGAGACCGAGCCAAUAAGAUGGUAGAGCUUUGCGACCGUUUGAAGCUACCGUCUAACGGCGAUUUUGAGGCGGGAGGCACCGAUGUAGAAAGUGCCCUGAAAGCAAUCAAGCUCGCCGUUAAAACCGAAGAAUCGGCUGUUCAAUUGCUAUCCAAAAACCACGAUGAGGCGGACCAGAAAGCCCAGAGGGCAAUUGACAAACUGCGAGAGGAAAAAACCAAACUGGAGGCAGAUUUCCGCAUGAAGGGGCAAAUGGUAGCGGAUUUUGUUCGGGAAAAGGCCAAAACCCAGUCCGAAAUUGCGGCUAUUCAGCGAUCGGCCGAAACGCUGAAGAAAAUCGUCGACGAGAUCGAGAAACUUGAAAAGGACUACGAAACCCAGAAGGCAAAUUCGAAUGUCGAGGGCAUGAAACGGCAAUUAUCGGAAAAGAAGGUAAAACGAGAGGAACUGCAAACAAAGCUGGAUAAAGUGGAUGAGCAGAUUUCGGCACUGGAUGCGGUUGCAGCCAAAGCAACCGAACUGAGCCUGAAGCAGCAACAGUUUAACACCAAGGAGUCAGAAUUCAAGAGACUGCGUAACAAGCAUUCGGAGAAUUUGAAGCGGCUCUUCCCAAACAAGGUUGUCGAUGCAAACUACAAACGUAGCGUUCAAAAUUUAUACGACGAUCUUCAACGACAAAUCAAGCAGUUGAAUGAAUCUAUGCGCAAAGCGCAAGCCACGGUAACCGAGAUGGAAACCACAAGACGAUCCCAGAAGCGUGAGCUGGAUCGCGCUGAACGUGAACUCACAGAGAAUAAGGAAAGAAUCUACUCCGCUUGCCAGGGUAAUCCGUUCGAAGAAGUUCUCGCUAAGCUGAAGGAAAAAAUCAGCAAAAAUAAUUUAGAACACGGUGAGCUUCGGUCAGCAGAAGUGCUCUAUAAAAAGUACAUCUCUCGUAUCGAGGACGACAAAUGCUGCCCAGUUUGUCACAAAGAGAUGGGCGGUGCAGACGUACAGGAUAUAAGUUUGGAGUUGUCAGAUGAAAUCCGUAGGCUUCCGGAGAAAAUUGAAGUUCUUGAGCGAAUGUUGAAAAUUGAUCAGAAGAAGUACGACCAAUUGAUGGCACUGCAGCCCUACUCUGAGCGUAUCGAGAAACAAACCCAAGACAUACCGAAACUGAAAGAACAGUUGGAUGGCACAGAACGUCGACUGACUCAGGCGUCAUCUGAUCUGGAGGAAUAUCAGAUGUCAAUCAUUGAACCAAAUUCUAGUGUUCAGUUGAUCAAUUCGAUACUAGGAGACAUGAGUAUUCUUGAUGAAUCCGUCAGAGACAUUGAACGGAUGACCAAAGGUAUUGAAAACCUGAAGGCCGAAGUAGCGCAAAAAACUCCGGCAGGAACAAUAGCUUCCAUUGAAGAUAUUAAGCUGGAGCGAGAGGCCCUGCGUGCUGAACUGCGUAGCGAACGUAUUUCGAUUGAUACCAUGCAGAAUAAGAUUGAUGAAGAAACAGAUCGAUUAAACAAUUUACAUCAGCGGUAUAAUCAAAUGAAGGAGAAAAAGAUUCAACUACAAGAAUCUGUUCAAUCAUUGGACCAGAAAAAGGCUAAAGAGGUUGAGCUGAGCGGAAAGAUUACUUCUUGCCAGAAGGAAAUGGAUGAAACCGAAAUAAAACUAGACCCAAUAAAGCAAAAUCUAGUGAAGGAAGAAGAAGCUAAAACAAAGGGCAAACAUGAGAACCGUAACAAAUUGAUCAAGGCACAAACUGAACUGGAAAAACUCAAACGAAUGGAUGCGGAAAUUGUUCGCUUGGGUAAAGAAUUGGAAGCUUUGGCUAGGUUGAAUUUGGCAGAUGAGAUUCAAAAAUUGAAACGCAAACUUCAAGACACCAGCGACGAAAUUAAGAAGAUUGUUACUGACAUCGAGGAAAAGUCGUCGCAAAUUGAUACGCUGAAGAAGGAGGUUAUGAAUCAAGAUAUGAUUGAGCGCGACUAUCUGGACAAUCGCGAUUUGAUGAAAUUAAAAACUGAAACGGCUUCGCUCAAGGAGAGCUUGGAUGCUUUGAUGCGGAGCAUUGGGGACAUGGAUGCUCCAAAUAUAGCACAUGAACGAAGCAAAUUGCUUGAACAGCGGGAUGCUAUUCAAGCCAAAAAGAGUCAAACUACCGGUCAAAUAGCCGAAUUGGAGAAUCAAAGCAAAGCAUUGAAAAAGGAACUGGACCGCCCGGAAUUUAAGAACGCCGUCAAGAACUACCUCAAGACGUACAGCGAAUCGGUAGUAUUGAAGAAGAUUAUCAGUGACAUCAUCAAGUAUCGGAAUGCGCUUGAAUGGGCACUGAUGAAGUACCACGCGGAAAAAAUGGAACAAAUCAACCGUUCAAUCUAUUCUCUGUGGAGAGAUAUAUACAGAGGGAACGAUAUCGAUUACAUUCGUAUUAAAACGGAGGAUGAAUCGAAGCCGGAUAAAGUUAGCGAUAAACGCCGACAAUAUCAUUACAGGGUAGUUCAAGCAAAAAAUGACGUUGAAAUUGAUAUGCGAGGACGUUGCAGUGCAGGUCAGAAAGUACUGGCUUCGUUGAUCAUCCGUAUGGCGCUUGCAGAGACGUUCAGCAAUAACUGCGGAGUAAUGGCAUUGGAUGAACCUACCACCAAUUUGGACAGAGAGAACAUCGCUUCACUGUGUGAAAGCUUGCGCAGAAUCGUCACGGAGAGGGAAAAUGGAAAUUUCCUGCUGGUCAUCAUUACCCAUGAUGAAGAUUUUGUUACCAAACUGGAGAAGUUUGACACGUAUUACCGUGUCUCUCGAGACCACGACGGAAAGUCAGUCAUUAAAGAAGAACAACUGUAAUUUAUUCAUUGUUAUUGUUUAAGUUUUUAGUGUCUCAUACAUUUUUCGUAAACGAUGUUUACAAAGAAUCCGUUUCAAUAAAUACAUUCCCCAAAAAUA